AUGACAGAUGCCCAGGCGGUGGAUGAGAAGAGGCUGCAGCUGGAGUCCUUGAAGCGGCAGUGCCAAGCUGUGGAGCAGCUGAUGAUGCUGGCCAGCGAGGAGAAGCGCUAUUUGGAACAUGAGAAAACUGUUCUAAAGAGGAAGCAGGCGGAGCUGCAGGAGCAGAGCGAUUCCACAUUGAAAAAACUGGAUGAGCAAGUUUGCGCCAUGCAAAAUAUGUCGAUAACGAACGAGGAGCAGCUUCGGCAGCGGAUCAAGAGCCUUGAGAAUAAAGUGGCGGAGGCUGAGGAGGUCAACGCAGCCCUGCGCUCUAAAGUUGAAGAAACGACACGAUGGAAAAAGGGGGAGCUGCAACGACUAAGUGACGGUAUUGAGUCUCUCCGAGGGCGGUUGGAGUCCAGGGCGCUGGAGUGUGGGGUACAGUUACGAAAUAUUCUGCUUGUGCAGUCUGAGCCGUUUGAAGGUCAAUGUUGA